AUGAGUGAAAACUCUCAAUCCGUCGAUGGAAAGCAAGUGCCCGCUGUUCAAGUCAUCGAGCUCCCUCUCCAGCGCCUGCAAUCCGAAAUCGAGAUCUUGAAAGUGAACACAAAAGACCUUCCGCAGGAGAUCAACAACCUAAGAAACAAGGUGCUCGAUAUCGAAGCCCAACUGGCACCUGCUGCCUUUUCGAAAGCCUUUUCUUCUACUAUCCAUGAUCUUACUACCAAAAGCAAGGCCGCAAUUCAUACGAAGGUGGGAAAAGUGCUAGAGAGUCAAGAGCUACGAGACAGAGUUUCCGGUCAGGUUGUCAAGCAGAUGGAAACUGAGAAGACGCAGAGAGUGCUGCAAGACUAUGCGAAGAAGGCUGUUAGUAGUCAAUCCCCAGAGGAGAUCUUCGAACGAUUGCGCUAUAUGGUGGAUGAAGUAUUCGUUGGCGUUAACAGGAAAAUCGACAAGAUUGAAAAGGAGCUCACGGCGAAGAUGGAAGUACUAAGCAAGGAGACGGCUAGGCGACGGGAGUAA